GCAGUGGCGAGCCGGCGACUUCAUGUGUCGCCUCAUGGCUUUCUUCAGGACAUUUGGAGUGUUUUUAAGCGGCUUCCUGCUCACCGUCAUCAGUGUGGACCGCUACAGCGCCGUACUGCACCCCUUGACUGUCACAUCAGCCAGGAUGAGGCUGCGUAAACUCAUUUCAGCCGCGUGGAUCAUGGCAGUAAUUUGCUCCCUGCCGCAGACCGUGAUCUUCCACGUGGAGAAACACCCCCAGCACCGCUGGUUCGAACAAUGCGUCACGUUCAACGCGUUCCCCGACACGAGAUACGAGCUUGCGUAUAACCUCGGCGUUACCUUCGCUAUAUACGUGGCCCCGCUGACCACCAUCGCAUUCUGCUAUGGCGCCAUCGUUGUGCGUAUCUACAGAGUUGAUGCCGGCAACGAUGCUGUCGUGCUGGGUCGAUCUAAAACGCGAACGUUGCUCAUGACGAGCGUCAUCGUGCUGGCGUUCUUCCUCUGCUGGACGCCGUACAACGUCAUGAGUUUGUGGUACUUCAUAGACCCCGUGAGCGCCCAGCAGGUAGACCCGCGGGUUCAGGCCGCGCUUUUUAUUUUCGCGGUUGCCAACCCGACGGUGAACCCGCUGGUGUACGGCUACUUCCGGGGCGCCCGUCGCGGUGCCGGCAACACGCCUGGCAACUCGAAGCUGUCACGCAGGAUUGUCUACAAGGCGCCGUUCAGGCAGACCCUGGGCAUGUGGCGGUGUGCUGGAGGGCAUUCCUCGUCCAGCGAUCCCAACAAUAUGGCACUCGUCAGAUGCUCGCUGGAAGGUCGGCCCCCGCCGGGUCAUUGCGGCUCCCACCCAGCCGUAAAAACGGCGGAAAACUGCGCUCGACAUGACGGUGAUGCUAGUCCUGUUAACCAUGGCCCGGUUAACCGGCCUGUCGUGCCAAGAAAUCACCCCAAUCCUCCUGCAUCAACCGGCAAUACCAAAAUCUUGAGCUCCUCGAGACACCCGCUGUCUUUCUCGACCCUCACGCCCGGAGAUGACCCAUACGAUGGCACACCUUAUGUCAUCAAGCUCGGAAUACUGCAUGUAUCUUUCAAAAAAUCUUAUACGGAUUAA